AUGUUGUAUCUUGUCGGGCUUGGUCUCGCUGAUGAGACAGAUAUCACUGUUAAAGGCUUGGAAAUCGUGAAAAGAGCUGAGAGGGUGUACCUUGAAUCCUACACAAGCAUCCUGCUGGUGGACAAGAAGAAACUGGAAGCUUUCUAUGGCCGCUCCCUCAUCACAGCGGAUCGUGAAAUGGUCGAAUCCUCCAGCGAUGAAAUACUGAGUGGAGCAGAGGAUGUCGAUGUCGCAUUCUUGGUCGUCGGAGAUCCUUUCGGCGCUACCACCCAUACUGAUCUGGUUCUCCGUGCCCGAGAGCUCUCAAUACCCUUUCAAGCAAUACCAAAUGCAUCCAUCAUGUCCGCAAUUGGCAGCACCGGCCUCCAACUGUACAACUUCGGCCAGACUGUGUCCAUGGUGUUCUUUACUGAAUCUUGGAAGCCUUCAUCGUUCUAUGAUAGAAUCAAAGAAAAUGCGCAGAUUGGCUUACAUACCUUGGUCCUGCUCGAUAUCAAAGUUAAGGAGCAGUCAUUGGAGAAUUUGGCAAGAGGAAGAAAGGUCUACGAGCCGCCUAGGUACAUGACAGCGGCGCAAUGUGCGCAGCAAAUGCUUGAAACAGAACAUGAAAGAAAGGAGGGUGCUUACAACGAGAACAGUUUGGCCGUUGGGGUAGCUAGGGUUGGGGCUAAAGACCAGAAAAUGGCGGCGGGGACGCUGAAAGAGCUAUGUGAUAUAGAUCUUGGUACUCCACUACAUAGCCUCGUCUUGCUUGGAAAAAGAACCCACGAACUUGAAAGGGAUUUCAUCAGGGCUGUGGCAAUCGACUCUGAAAGCUUUGACAAAAGCUGGCAGGCAUUGAGCAGCCUGGACUGA